AGUUGAAAUGUUUUCAUAAGAUCCUGCUGUGUUUGAUGCAACUGAAUGUAAAAUAUUGCAGCUGUUUUACCCACUCUCUCUCUCCCCCUUUCUCUCUCUCCUUUUUAAAAAUUGUUUUCUUCUCCCUUUCAAAUCAUUUAAUUUGAAUGAAAAUUCAGUCCCAGUGUUUUGUUGUCAGUCGGGGGAGGGGUGCAAUUGGUCAGAUCCUUUGACCACAGCCAAUAGCAGUGCAGCUCCCACCCUCCACCCCUCCUCCCUGCCCUGCUGAGAUUCCCAGUCUGGCCUGUGAUUGGCUGCUGUGGGACCCAGGAGCCAGAGGCUGUGAGCGUUUUUAGGGGAGGAGUCAGACGGCAUAUUAAAGCUGGGCGGUCUGCUCUCCUUUCCUUUAGUGUGUGCUUUUGUUAAUGUGGAGUAGUUACGUUACUGGGAGAGGAGCUCCCUGUGGUUGUCCUGUUAGUCUGACACCGUCUUCCUCUGUCUCUCUCUCUCCUCUCCAGGAGCCCUGCUGGAGCAUCACUCCAGGGACCCCGGGAAUCUGCGGAGCUGCCAGUUGAUCUGCUGCUUUUGAGGACAGUGGGAGGAUCGGACCAGACAGACGGAGCAGGAUCAGGAGAUUUAGUUGCUCUGACAGUCUGUGGCUGAGCCAGACUGUUUUCUGCUGUGUGAUCUAGUUAAAGGGACCAACCAGCAGCUGCAACUGCAGGAUCUGCCCCCGUUGGGUCACUGAGCCAGACUGAUGUGGUGUGCGAGCCAUGGUGACUCUGUCCCACAAGUAGCCUUUCAGUGAGGAGGACAGAUAAUAGACCAGAGGGACGACGUGAAGAAAGGAGGAAGAACGGAGGAGAAAUAGCAGCAGCAGGAACAGAUAAACAACUCCAGAAUGCCUGUAGAGACCCUCCGACCCUCAGACGGACGUCUGGUGGGGGUCCCCUUCACCUCAGCCAUGCCUUUCCGCAUCCUCAACAAGGGACCUGACUACUUCCGGCGGCCAGCGGAGCCUGGAGCCCGUAAGCUGAGCGCGGUGGAGCGCCUGGAGGCGGACAAGGCCAAGUAUGUGAAGAGCCAGCAGGUGGUGCUCACCAGGCAGGAGCCUGUCAAACCACCCAUCAUCCGCAAGCCUCUGCUGUCCCCGGGCAUGAUGCUGCAGUGUCGGAUCAACGCCCCCCCGGCCCGCAAGGUGCCCCGGCGGCCUGCCGACUCAGAGAACGGAGGAGGGACAGGAGGGGCAGGGUGGAGGAGGGGACCCCCUCUUAACCUGGAGAUCCUCAACAACCUCAUCAACAACGUGUGUGAUGGACCACUUCUCUGCUCCCCAUCUCCCAUCCCCUCCUCACCCUCCGCCUCCUCUCCUUCAUCUGGGGGGAACAGCAUGGGGAAUGGACUCUCAGCUGACCAGGAGAGGAUCAAUCGAGUCCUGAACAGGGUGGGGGUGCCAGCUCCCUACAGCUCUCCUAACUCAGUGAUGGUGCGCAGGGUGGAUGUGAGGCCCCAGACUGAGCCGAGGAAGCCCCAGAGGACCCAGUUCCAGCCUCAGAUCAAGCCCAGACAGACUUCCCAGCCCCAGGUGGCUAAGCCCCAGGCCCCAUCACCACCACCCUCACAGCAGGCCCAGCCCCAGCCUCAGACCCUCACCCCCACCCAGCCUCUACCCUAUCCCCCAACCUACCUGCCUCCCAGCCCCAUACUGAUCCGGGCGGGCAUGAUGCCCCCGGCCUCCCCUGCUUUCACCCGCCUGUCUUCAGCCAGCUCCAGGGGGUCUCGCCCCGGUUCGGCCCGUAAACACCCCUCCCUACACCGCUCCAAGUCUGACCUGAGUGACCAGUACUCACGAGCCACAGCGGACCUGGAACGCUUCUUCAACUACUGUGGGCUGCACCCAGAUGAGGUGGAGGGCAUGGGGGGAGUGGAGCGCUUUGCCAGAGCCAGCUCAGAUAUUGUGUCUGUGUCCAAGCUGCGCAGCGUCAGCACCGCCAGCUCUGAGUGUGAGCAGGCGCAGGAACAAGGGGAGGUGGAGGGCGAGGAGGGUCAUGCCCGACCCGGGGAGCGUGUCCCCUACGGAAUCUCAAUCAUUGAGAGGAACGCUCGUGUCAUCAAGUGGCUGUACGGGAUCCGCCAGGCUCGGGACUCCAACACUGUGUCCAACGUUUAGAGGAAAGAGACAGGAGGGGGAGGCUCUGGAAUGAUACCCAGGCCUACCCCACGUUGUUUAUUAUUUAUUGAUAAAUCCCACAGACCAUUGAGGGGUACAUCUUUUCCAGGAGGACAUUGUUAUUCUGUAUUGUGUUGCCUUUCUUUGGGGAGGGGGGGGGUCAGGACUGCUUCCUUAGAAGAGAAGUAGGAUGAGAAAUCACACUCCUCCCUAAACAAAUAUUCAAAGCAAUAAUGGCAGUGGUAGAAAUGACUGAAUGCUGAUGAUGACAAUGAUGACGUUGACCAGAUGCUGUGGUUCCUGCGGUGUGUCUGUCUGAAAUACAGGUACUUAGGAGGAUGUGUUUAGGGUCCAGAGCCCUGUUCUGUCUGCACAGGCGUUGGAGCUAGAAUUUACAGACUCUUAACGAUGCAAGAAUAGGCUCUGGAUGUUUCACAGCUCUCACACAUUCAGGUGUGUGUGUGUGUGUGUGUGUGUGUGUGUGUGUGUGAGGAGCAAGAAAGACUAGAACUUCAUUGAUACUGUGAAAUAAAAGGGAAAAAAAAGUAUCUUCUAACCUUGGCUGUAAGACUGUUAAUUAAAACCGUUGAUGUUGCUGUCAAGCAUGCAAGUGAAAGUCAAUGUACGUCCUCAUCUCAACAAAGCACUAUCACCUAUACUCACAACUCCCAGUUGAAACAGACGUGUUCAGGUCAGGGAUAGAGUAUCGUCUGUAGCUGUGUACUGUCGUCGUUUUCUGUACUGCAAUGGAACAUGGUCUCUAAUCAAGCAUAGGACUGCUUUGGUCCAGUUAGUGUCUCUGUUUAUUCAGUGAAGAAGGUAUAUGUCUGGCCACGGAUGACAAAGAUAGUGAUGUCAUGAGUGGAUGGUUGAGGUAAGUGUAGGGUGGAUGAGUAGGGGUGCUGUCUGGGGUUGGAGGAGAGACAGACACAGCUCAAUGGAAGAGGGAUCAGGAUGGUAGGUCUAGUGAGACAGAUUGAUACAGGAAAGAGUAGGACAGAUUGAUACAGGAAAGAGUGAGACAGAUUGAUACAGGAAAGAGUGAGACAGAUUGAUACAGGAAAGAGUGAGACAGAUUGAUACAGGAAAGAGUGAGACAGAUUGAUACAGGAAAGAGUGAGACAGAUUGAUACAGGAAAGAGUGAGACAGAUUGAUACAGGAAAGAGUGAGACAGAUUGAUACAGGAAAGGGUGAGACAGAUUGAUACAGGAAAGAGUGAGACAGAUUGAUACAGGAAAGAGUGAGACAGAUUGAUACAGGAAAGAGUGAGACAGAUUGAUACAGGAAAGAGUGAGACAGAUUGAUACAGGAAAGAGUGAGACAGAUUGAUACAGGAAAGAGUGAGACAGAUUGAUACAGGAAAGAGUGAUACAGAUUGAUACAGGAAAGAGUGAGACAUAUUGAUACAGGAAAGAGUGAGACAGAUUGAUACAGGAAAGAGUGAGAGACAGGUUGAUACAGGAAAGAGUGAAUUAUCUCGAAAGGGAACAGAAGGUUCUGGGUGUCCUUGACAUAAGUCUACUGAAAGGUGGACCAAUAUUUAUUUAAAAAAUGCCAUUUGAAGUGACAAGCUAUUGUAAUAUUCAACAACCAGUGCAUAGCAUUCAAGAUUUGUACAAAAGUGCAAUCUGAUCGUAUCUAUGUGAACAUGCACAUACAUACAAACAGACACCAGCUGCUGUCAGCCAGCCACACAACAUGAGACACAACAUGAGUGUGAACGUUGUGUGUAACUGAAUGGUGAAGUACAUGUGAUGAUAUACACUCUGCUCUGUGGGAAAGAAAAGGAGGGAAAACUAUGUAUUUAUGUGACUUCCUGUUCCUCUCAGGGGAGACAGACGGAGGGCUCAGCCAUGAGGGUCUGGGACUGAGCUCCAUGGUCUGGUCUGGUGUUAUGAUGAUGUGGGUCUGGGACUGAGCUCCAUGGUCUGGUCUGGUGUUAUGAUGAUGUGGGUCUGGGACUGAGCUCCAUGGUCUGGUCUGGUGUUAUGAUGAUGUGGGUCUGGGACUGAGCUCCAUGGUCUGGUCUGGUGUUAGGAUGAUGUGGGUCUGGGACUGAGCUCCAUGGUCUGGUCUGGUGUUAGGAUGAUGUGGGUCUGGGACUGAGCUCCAUGGUCUGGUCUGGUGUUAUGAUGAUGUGGGUCUGGGACUGAGCUCCAUGGUCUGGUCUGGUGUUAGGAUGAUGUGGGUCUGGGACUGAGCUCCAUGGUCUGGUCUGGUGUUAUGAUGAUGUGGGUCUGGGACUGAGCUCCAUGGUCUGGUCUGGUGUUAUGAUGAUGUGGGUCUGGGACUGAGCUCCAUGGUCUGGUCUGGUGUUAUGAUGAUAUGGGUCUGGGACUGAGCUCCAUGGUCUGGUCUGGUGUUAGGAUGAUGUGGGUCUGGGACAGAGCUCCAUGGUCUGGUCUGGUGUUAUGAUGAUGUGGGUCUGGGACUGAGCUCCAUGGUCUGGUCUGGUGUUAGGAUGAUGUGGGUCUGGGACAGAGCUCCAUGGUCUGGUCUGGUGUUAUGAUGAUGUGGGUCUGGGACUGAGCUCCAUGGUCUGGUCUGGUGUUAUGAUGAUAUGGGUCUGGGACUGAGCUCCAUGGUCUGGUCUGGUGUUAUGAUGAUGUGGGUCUGGGACUGAGCUCCAUGGUCUGGUCUGGUGUUAGGAUGAUGUGGGUCUGGGACUGAGCUCCAUGGUCUGGUCUGGUGUUAUGAUGAUGUGGGUCUGGGACUGAGCUCCAUGGUCUGGUCUGAUGUUAGGAUGAUGUGGGUCUGGGACUGAGCUCCAUGGUCUGGUCUGGUGUUAUGAUGAUGUGGGUCUGGGACUGAGCUCCAUGGUCUGGUCUGGUGUUAUGAUGAUGUGGGUCUGGGACUGAGCUCCAUGGUCUGGUCUGAUGUUAUGAUGAUGUGGGUCUGGGACAGAGCUCCAUGGUCUGGUCUGGUGUUAUGAUGAUGUGGGUCUGGGACAGAGCUCCAUGGUCUGGUCUGGUGUUAUGAUGAUGUGGGUCUGGGACAGAGCUCCAUGGUCUGGUCUGGUGUUAUGAUGAUGUGCUGUUGAGUUCAGCACUGUCUGGCUGCCCAAAGAAGAGUCAAGCUAUUCAUACGCUGCAACAUGGUGUCUUUCUUAACAUGUCAAUAAAGAAUAAACAUUUUUGGAAAAGGGUAUUUCCCUGGUCAGUAUUUCCCUGGUCAGUAUUUCCCUGGUCAGUAUUUCCAUGGUCAGUAUUUGCUGUGAUAUUAUGCUUUCAAUGUCUACCAAACAUGCCUUCCAUCGUGCAGAGUUGAAUUUAGUUGAAUGUCUUCUAAGAUGGGACUCCCGAGUGGCGCAGCGGUCUAAGGCACUGCAUCU